AUGAAUAUUACUUCUUCUCUUUGUGAUAAAUUAGAAAAAGAAUGGAGAACAAUUCAUAAAAAUAAUAUAAAUAAAGAAUAUAUCAAACAUGAAAUUGAAAAAGAAUUGGAUUCAAGAUCUAUUCAUGUUAGUAAUGUUGAAUAUUCAACUACAAAAGAUGAUUUAGAAGAUUUAUUUGAAAAAUGUGGUAUUAUAUUAAAUGUUAAUAUUCCUAUUAAUUAUUUCACUCAAACACCAAUGGGAUAUGCUAAUAUUGAAUUUAAAAAUUCUAAUGCUAUUGAAAAAGCAUUAAAAUUAUCAGGAACUUAUUUAAAUGGAAGAUAUAUUGAAGUUUCUAAAAAAAUAACAUUUGAUAAAAGGAGAAAUGAUAGAACAAGUUUUAGUUGGUUGUUUAAGAAUUUAGAUUAA